CUUGAAAACGGCACGUUUGUCAGAAACAGGUGGCGAUGCCUGCAGGGCGUAAGUGCGUAAUGUGAUACCUCACCGUGUCAGGGCCCGAGCCGAAGUUCUUCGGGCCAGUCGGGCGGGAAGCAGGUAUAUCAAAGUGCACUCUGUGCGCGGCAGGUGGUGGACCUAUUCACUACGGUGCGGCACUUCGUUCUGACGGAAAUCUUGAGGCGUUGACGCCCCCUUGGAGCUUCGCAAGCAUGGUGAAGACGAUCAAGUUUGGAGACAUUGAGGUUCCGGUCCCGGGCUUCGGCGCCAUGGGGCUCAGUCAUGGGCUGGGGAAUCAGUUCACGCUGGAGCAGGCGGAGCCGGUGCUGCUAAGAGCGCUGGAGCUGGGGUGCACGUUUUGGGACACUGCGGUUAUCUACGGCGCCGGCAUCAACGAGACGUUGCUCGGGGAGUUCAUCAGGAAGCACAAUGCCAGGGACAAAAUCUUUCUGGCGUCCAAAUGCGGGCUCGACAUCUUCAACAAAGAAUCCACCGGCGUCUACGGCGGCGUGACAAACACCCCCGAGCACAUCGCCACGUACAUCGAAGGCACCAUUGCGCGUCUGGGCUUCUCCCCAGAUCUGUACUACCUCCACCGCAUCGACCCCACCACCCCCCUCGACACGUCGAUUCCCGCCCUUGCUGCCCUCCGCUCCUCGGGGAAAACGAAAUACAUCGGCCUCUCUGAGUGCUCUGCAGCGACCCUGCGACGCGCGAACGAGAUAGCGAAGAUCGACGCGGUCCAAGCCGAAUACUCCGCCUUCGAGACGCUGCACGAGAGCGACGGAUUGGUGGAUGCGGCGCGGGAGCUGGGGGUUGCGUACGUAGCGUACAGUCCGCUGGGGCAUGGGUGGCUGGUUGAUGACUUCGACUACGCGAGCCCAGAGGACUUUCCCGAGGGCGAUUAUAGGCGGAAGGUGCCGAAGUUCCAGGGAGACAACUUUUACGCGAAUAAGAAGAUCGUGGAGGAGGUCAAGGGGAUUGCGAGGAAGAAGGGUGUCAGCACGAGUCAGGUUGCGCUGGCGUGGGUGGCCAGUCAAGGUAUGAUUGCGAUCCCGGGGACGACGAAGGUGCAUAGGCUGGAGGAGAACUGGGGGAGUAGGGACGUUGUGCUGAGUGACGAGGAGAUGGGGCACAUGCGGGAGGUUAUUGAGGGGGCGAAGGUCGUGGGUGCGAGGUAUUGGCCUGAGAUGCAGGCGACGGUUGGGCAUUGAGUGGUGUUGGGGUGGACAUGUGUCGGAUGGGAUGAGGGCCGGCGAUAAGCUGGGACGUUAGAGGAGGGCUUGCGACGUUAGCGGAGAGGUAAGACUUUAGUUUGUGAUGGUUUCAUUGAAGUGACAACAGUGGGUUAUGGGAAGAUAGAGAAAGGGGGAAGGCGCGUCGUCCUUGAUUGAUUGCUGGAUAACAGCUCGCACUCGCUGGCGUAUCAUGUCGCAAAGAC